GUUCAACAACGCUUCUGGGGCCUGGACCUGGGUCGUUCGGCUCGACCGCCUGAGCUCUCAAUGCAUUAUUCCUCCAGUUAUGGGGUACAGUGGGUUAUUUCAGGGAGAUAAUUGUUGAGUUGCAGUGGACUGUGGAGAUACCUCGUAUUCCUCGGACUGGGCUGGGGCUUAGAGCCCGUUAUUGAGGCAACUACCGAAGACGAUCCUUAGCUAUGACGAUGCGAGAUGAAGAGCAACAAGGGAAGAGAAUAUGUAUAUAAGACUAUGGACCUUAUCUUCUUUUUCGACAUUAUCUCACUCACUCAUCACUCACACUCACAACCUCAACCCAAUCAACACUCAACCACCUUAAACAACCGACACCAACACAACAACCGCCAUCAUGCAGAUCAAGGCUCUUCUCAUCACUCCCCUCGUCGCCGCUGGCCUCGUCUCUGCUGCCCCCAAGGCCAGCAGCACUCCCAAGACCACCUACUUCCAAGGUCUCGCCCUCCGCUCCGCCAGCCCCGUCCACUUCAACUACCUCCAGGCCUCCAAGGAGUCCUUCGAGCUGAAGCUCAAGAAGCAGGGCGCCAGCUGUGACCGUGGUGUCAAGACCAACGAGGCCACCUUCCAGCUCUACGGCGACGAGCUCUGGCUCUACUCUACUGGCAACCCUCGCCAGCAGGCCUACGUCGACCUCUCCGGCAUGGGCCAGGGCAAGUUAGGCUACACCACUGGUGCUCAGCCCAUGCCCCGCAACGGCCAGCGCAAGGGCUGGAAGAUCGACAAGAACGGCAUCCUCACCUUCGACGGUGCCAGCUUCGUCGCCUGCCCCAACGGCGACAACCUCGAGAAGACCUCUUGGUCUGUCUGGGUCUACAACAGCAUCGACAACCCCGGCGGUAACAAGAACUGUGUUCCCUUCUCCGUCAAGGCCGCCAAGGUUGAGAAGCCCGUUGGCUGCCUCUACACUGCUAUCGAGCCCAGCGAGUAAAUUCUGGUUCAUGAUGGAAUGUUUCUAGCACAUAUUUUUGCAUAACCUCUUGGUUGAGGUCAUUGGGUUUAGAGGAUGACAAGUUAUUCAUUAUAAUAGCGUUUUGAUUGGGUCAUAGAACCUGGAUAGAGUACAUACUCAAUACUUAUUUGUUUCUGU